UUUUUUUUGUCCUUUCCUUUCCUUUCUAAUAUCCUAGUUACCACACAAGCACACUAAUCCCAUUUCUGUUUGGAAAUAAUUAAAUUUACGCCGAAAUAUCAACCUCCCGUACACUCACGCCUUUCAUCUCUCUAUCUCACUUCUUCGCCUCCUCAGCUUGACUAGCACGAAUAACACCAGCAGUUGUAACAGCAAUAAUAGCGGCAAAGUAACUACAAUAGUAACAGCAAUUGCAACAUUGAUAGGCAUCAUUAGUCAAAAAGAAACAACAUAAACAAACAAAAAAAUGAGCCUAAAGAGUCAUGACUAUGGUGCGACCUCUCUUCAAACAGAGGGUUACCCCGGGUCACAUCCAGUUGCUGCUGUCCCGGCUCCAGCACCUUCUCGCAAGCCUAGGCCCAAACCUCCAAUUGUGGUUACCACAACCCACACUGCACCAGUCAUGACAUCAACUCUAACAACCUCCAUAGAUAAUUUAACGUCAUCCAUUGAUCCAGUCCAGACAUCUUUAACGACUGAUAUAACUGUUGUCCCCUCAAAUGAGUCUGAAUCAAGCAGCGGCUCCAUCUCUAAUCCAAAGUCAACAACUAAUGUGGCCCUUAUCGCUGGCAUUGCUACAGGGGCCGUGGCUUUACUAAUAUUGAUAGCCGGACUGCUCUUCAGGGCCAAACGGAAGCGUGAACAGGAGGCUCGAGAUACGGAGCUUUAUCAACAACUGUCAAUGAUGCGCAAAUACUCCGAAAGCCCAAUACCACAUGGAUUUGCUAAUAAUGAUGGUACUGAAAGUAACGUCGCACUUUUUCAACAGCAACAGCGACACUACCCACCGUUCCUGCAGCAACGCCUGGCAAAGCAACCGGCGUGGUUCGCUAAAAAGUCGCCAUUAGAGUACCAUUCACAAGUUCCACCAUUGGGGCAAUUGGAGCAGCAAGACCAAGAACAUCGUCAAUUACAACAACAUCAACAACAGAAACAAGAAAUAGGUAGCACGACUCACAGCCCCAAAUCAACCGCAUCCUCUUCAGACGCGUUUACGCAGCAAGAAGCAGUAAUGGCACCAAAGAAUGUGACCUCGAGCAAUACAAAGCCACCCAUUGAAAAGGCUAUUACUCCUUACCCUGCUAGCACUUCUGUCUUACCAUCGUCGCCACCUGUCCCAGAGACUUAUCACCAACAGGACUACCGACAACCUCGAACCAGCACACAAAUACAUCGACAGCCAUCUUCGCCCUCUGGAUCACGCUCGCCUUUAUCUUCAAAAAGAAUUGACAUUAAUAAUAAUAAUAACAACAAUAAUAAUAACAAUAGCACUAAUAAUUACCAUAAUGUCUCGCCCUAUCGCGUUCAUCCCACUGUAUCCUCGUCAAUAGUAUCACCAUCUCCUGUAAUAUAUCAAGGCGCACCGUCAACAACAACAACAGCAGAUACAUAUCCCGUCAAUAAUAACUUUCAGGACUACAUGCCUCCUCCACCUUUGACAGGACAACAGGACCAAUCAAGGCCUAGCCCUUCACAACCCCCUGCAGGUUUUUAUGACUUGUUGAACGAUUCAAGUUUGUUGGAGGGUACUGGAACUAAUAAGCCAGUUGUUAGUACUCCAUUAACAGAAACAACCUCUACAACAGCAACAAUUCCUCCUCCUGUCCCGAAAGCCACUAGGCCUGCUUCCGUUGCAUCUAGAUCCUCUUUCAUGAUGGCAUCUGAGAACGUAUUGUUGGAUCCAUCCGCCUCAGAUAUCCCUGCAGUCCCUCCACUACCAUCUCAUCAGUAGUAUGAAAAAGAUAUAAGAUCAUAAUUUUAGGGCAGUUGAAUAAAAAUCUACAUGGGUAUGAGCACCACGUGGG